AUGGAUGGCGUGCAAAGGCUUGUGGAUGAGACGGAGGCCACGAUGCUCAAAGACGCGUGCACAUACAGCAGCGAGUGUCAGGCCAACAACGAGUACAGUGUCUGCAACGCCAAGAAGAUCUGCGACUGUGCCCCGGGGUUCGAACUGGACGAGCUACCCGAGAUUGGCUACAACUGCAUCGAGGGCAACAAGAGUGGCGGGGCGGGCAGCGUGGACCCGGCCAUGAUCGGGGUGUUGGCUGGCCUGGCCCUCAUGUUCGUCAUCAUCUGCGUGGUGCUCAGACUCUUCUCCAAGGCGAGAUUCCGCGAGAACCGGUCAAUCUUCAACACGCCGAACCCGCGCCUGAUGAACGCGUCUCUGUUCAAAGACAGUAAGUUGCUGAGCCCUGCCCGCGGGGACCGUCGAGGCUCCCGGGCCAGUGUUCGCGCCCCCUCUAGGGCCGCCUCCGUCACCUCCGUCAACGCCGCCUCACGUUCACCCAAUGGUUCACUUGCCAAAGGCGGUCGUCGAGGGAGCGCCAUGUCCGCUGUCUCCGCCACGGGGUCCAACCACGGCCCCACCUCCCCCGCGCCGGUCCCCAAGAGCCCCAGCCCCUCCCGGGACACCAAGAAGGCAGAGACCACCGUGGCCAUCGAGACCGUGGACUAGGAAGGGAAGGUCUCCGUCAGCGAGGUGUGGUCCGCCGGGCUGCCUCCACCGCCUCCCGGGCCUGCUGGGGUCUGAAUGGCACGUGUGGUCUGUCUGUGGAGAGGCUUUACUGUUUGUUUGAAGUGGAUGUGAAGGGCUGCUGAAAAGUGGCCCAUUUUAGUGUUUAUUUUUUACUGUAUUGGUGUGUGGAGGUGCAUCGCUGCUACUACUAUUACUACUACUACUACUACUACUUCUACUACUACUACUACUAUUGCUACUACUACUACUACAGCGAUCACCACACCACCAAACAUCAACGUACGCAAAUCCAAACCAUGACAACGAGAACACAACUAUAAAACAGAUACAGCGAAGAGGACAAUGGAAGACUAUAAAAAAAAUACAACACACACACACACACACACACACACACACACACACACACACACACACACACACACAGACCACAGAAACCAAACACGUGAUAGGAGAGUAAGUCAACGUGAAACAGAAGGUAAAACUAAACUAAACGAAGCUCAAAUUACGAUGUUGUGACGUCAAACUGUUUCGACUCUCUUGUGUUCCCGUUUUGAUGUCUCGGUGUCGCUAGUGUAAGAUUAGACGUGUGUGGAGAGAGACACGAGGAGAGGAGAGGAGAGAGAGAGAAAGAGGAGAGGGAGAGAGAAGUCCAUACUGUAAGACUAGAGUAAGAGGUGAAGAAAAGAGAGGAGAGAAGAGGAAAUUAGAACAGGGAAGGAGAAGAGGGAAAGAGAAGAGGUAAAGAGCAAAGUGGAAGAGGAAUGCAAAAUUUGACGUGUUUGAAGAGGGUCGUCAAGUGAGGUGAGGAAGAGGAGAGGAAAGAAGAAGAGAAGAGAGAAAGACGACGUGUGUUGAAUGAGACAUUAGUAGGAGGAGAGAGAGGAGAAAAAAAAUGAAAAAGAGAAGAGGGAGAGAUGAUUGGAAGAGAACUGAAAUUCGCACGUAAACAAAUACUGACCAAUGAAGAAGAAGAAGAAGAAGAAGAAGAAGAAGUGGUUGAUGUGAAGUAGUUAGACUGAGGAUAAGUGAAGAGGAAAGGAAGGAGGAGGAGAAGGAAGAAGAAGAGGAGGAAGGAGAAGAGGAGGAGAUGUGUGUUAUGAACUGAUGAAGGAAAAGGCGUUAACAGGAAGCAAAUACAAAUCUUAACAUAGUGAAAAACAUCGUAGGUCGUGCACGGAGAUGAGACAAAGAAGGAGGAGGAGGAGGAGGAAGAGAGACUAACCAAGGAUGUCCGUCUGUGAAGUGAAGCCAUUAUUGCCGUGAACUUAAAGGGGAGGGGAAGUUAUGUCCAAGAGAGUUAUAGAUCAGUUACCACGCCCUUCAACCUCCCGCCCUUGCCUACCCCCUUAUCCCCUCUUCCUCUCUAUUCACUCCCCCUUCACUUUCCCCUUCUCCCCCCUCGUUAUCUUCCCCUUCUCUCUCCCCCCCACCUUCCCAUUCUUAUCCUCCCCUCUUUAUCAUCUCUCUCUUCUUCUCCUUACCUCUCCUCUCCCCAUUCCCUUCUUCUCCCUUCCUCCCCCUUACUUCCUCUUACCCCUCUCUUAAUCUCCCUUCUCUAUCUCCCUCCUCUCUCCCUACCUCUCCUUCAUAUGCUCCUUCUCUCCUUGCCCUCUCCCCACUAAUUCUCCUUCUUCCUCUCUCUCUCUUUAGUAUUAUUCUUUCCUCCGUCUCUCAAGUUCUCCUUCCUUCUCUCUCUUUCUCUCCCUCCCUCCUUCCUUCCUUUAGUAUCCUCCUCCUCCUUUUCCUCCUCCCCUCAUCCCAGUCCUUACUCACUCCCACUCCCUCCAGUUCUCCUUCCUUCCUUUAGUCUCCUCCUCCUCCUCCUCCUCCUCCUCUCUAAAACUUGAUGUAUCCUGUUCGAGUCUGUCGCACAAACACUUCGAAUCCCCUCAAGUGAAGCAGAAGAGUCAGGUUCACUUGGGGUUCGAAACUUUCUCUCUUGGAAACUUGAAACUGAUAGAAGAAAAAAACAAAAAAAGAAACAUUUAGCGCUAGAAUCAACAACCAGCGCUCCUUCAUACGCCACCGAAACUCAACGGAAACUGAAUCACUUAUAUGAAGCAACCCAAUGAACCAGUUUCACUUAUAUUGUUUCGAAGCAGUGAAUGAGCGAGACCGAAGCAGUAUAUUUUUACUUCACGGUCUGGUCUGGUUUGGAAAGUUACGAAAUGGUUCUUCAGUUCACGGUUCAUUAUGUAAAGUGAACCCGAAUCCGAGACUGCUUCGAAACAACUCCCGGAACCUUCUUAGUAAUGCCCCCCCCACCAAGUGUAGUGUAGGAGUCGAGGGGUAUAGAGGGUGGUUCGAACGGUUCACUUGAGGGUUCACGCGCUUGCUUCACUUAUAGUACGCUCAGUCUCGUUAUAUGCGAACUCAAUAUAUGCGAAUUCAGUUUACGCGAAUUCUGGCUAUGCGAAUUCUCCCGAGUUUUGUAUACUAGAGGAAAAAUGUUACCCCAGAAUAAUGAUGAAAAUAACAAGAAGAAUGAGAAUAGGGAGAAUAAAAAUGAAAAUAAUAAUGAGAAUAAAAAUGUAAGGGGAGCGUGUGAGGUUUUACUAGUAAGAUUUUAAAGAUUAGCAAAGUUUUAUUUAAGUUUUCUCCCGAAGUAUAUACGUGGAAAGAAUGAAGGAGAAUCAAGAAAAAGAAUGAUAAAGGAGAAGAAGCAGAAAAAGAAGGAAAAUGAGUAGAAGAAGAAGGACAAUGAGAGGGAGGAGAAGAAGAAGAAGGAGAAUGAAAAGAAGAAAAUGAAGAAUGAUGAAAAAUAAUAAGAAAAAUGAAGAAGAAUUGAAGUAGACGAAAACAUUUAUACUCUGGAAGAAUUUCAAGUAGUACAUUAUUUAACGGUGAAGAAAACGUUAUACCAGAUUACCUUUCUACUUAAAACCCUACUAGUCAUAAUACACGUAAGAAAUGCAUUAGUGCCCCCCUUAGCGUCUUAACUAGAUAUACAGAAAACGCAGACGUAGCUGUUCAUAACUUUUCCUAGUGUUACUAAGGACGAGUCUCGGUCAGUCCGCGCAACACAGCCGGAACACAAACCUGAAGUAGUGAGUAGAGAAUUAGCUCAUCGCCGCCACCACCACCACCACUACCACUACUCUUGCCACUAACUACCAUAGCCUCGGUUUGAUGAUUGGUUGGUUCAAUUUAAGUGUUGGAGACGGUGCUGCGGAUGUGUUAUGUGUGUGUGUGUGUGUGUGUGUGUGUGUGUGUGUGUGUGUGUGUGUGUGUGUGUGUGUGUGUGUGUGUAAAGUGAAGAAUGGUCGGAAAUGAAAAUGGUGAGGCAGAGGAAACUAGAAUCUGAAAAAUGUGAAAAAUGGAAACUGGCGCGAAAAAACAAACGCUGAUAAAACAGAAGUGACCAGGAAGACGAGAAUGAAAAGCAGAACAGGAGAAAAAGAAAAUGAUAACAGGACUCAAAACAAAAUAAGGAGUGGAAACAAACAUGACAGGAAACGUAAAAGUGAAAGUUGUAGUGAGAAAACAAGAGUAACAUGAAAUUGAAAGAAAUGAAAGAAAGAAAAAGGAAAGAAAAUCCAGAUUCUUCAACGUUCGUCACUUGAAGAAUGCAGCAACCAAUGCUUCAGAGUGUUGGCCUCAGUGAGGCUUCGAAGUGCUUGGAACACGAGCAUAUUAGCGUUUGGAAUUUAUGAAAGGAAAAGUGAAUUGUCUUUAGCUCUUACGAAACCUUUGUCCAGAUAUUUUUUGACACUUAUAAACUGUUUAGCUUGCGAGUGUUUCCGCGAUUCACAAAGUCUCACUGUGUGUUGAUGUUCCGAAACACAAACACAACGCGUGGACCUUUCCUUCGUUCUCGAGUGUGGUGGUGUCGCAUUAUCGCUAAAAAGGAAAACUAUAUAUCACUAACAGUAAGAGUGUGCCGGUUUUGACUUUAUAAAGCUAGUGGUAAGACGUAACUGUAAUGUACGGUAAUUUUCAUCCUCUUUUGUCCCUGAAUUUUCUUACGUCACUUUCACGUAAGGAAGAACAACACACUAUGAAUAUACGAUAAUUUCCCUCUCGUUUUGCCUCUUGAACUUUCUUACGAUACUCUAACGUAAGGAAAUACAACACACUAUGAAUAUACGAUAAUUUCUCCUAUUUUGUCCCUGAACUUCCUUACGACACUCCAACAAAGUAAUUUUUCUCCUGUUUUGUCUCUGAAUUUCCUUACGUCAAUUUCACGUCGUAAGGAUGCACAACACACGAUGGACUUUCAACGGCUUUAAGGGCGCCUGUGUUAGCCUUUUAUUAUCCCCUCACACACUCACUCACACACUCUCUCCGUCGCCUUAACGAUAGGACGCCAAAGGACUCUCUAAAGCGAUACACUCCCAGCGGUUUACGAGCGUUGCCUUGCUGCCUCACUCUCCGUUACUCACUCUGAUGGUACAACUCGCUGUCCUCACGUGUGCUCGCAGGCCCCCGUGUGUCCUGCGUAGAUGCCUUCACUCCACACACACUUUGUACACACAGCUGCCGACCCUUCGUUUGUUCGUCCUCUCCACCGGCCGUGUUCCCAGUCUCUCUACGGGUAUGUGGUCCCCGAGCUGAGAAACUAACCAUGGACGGGGCGCUCUGGAAAAUACUCCCAUUGUGAUUCACACUCAAAAUUAUCAUAGAUGACUCCUACCAAACCUAAUCUGACCUAACUUAACCGGACAUAACCUUACAUAACCUUACAUAACCUUACAUAACCCUACCUAACCUUACAUAACCCUACCUAACCCUACCUAACCCUUGCUAACCUUACAUAACCUUACCUUACCUUACCUUACCUAAUCUACCUAACCUUACCUAACCUACCUAACCUUACCUAACCUUACCUUACCUUACCUUACUUUACCUUACCUUACCGAACCUGACCUUAUCUAACCUGACCUAACCGUACCAAGCAUUACCUAACCUUACCUAACUUAAUCUAACCUAAUUUGACCUCACCUGUUCAAGAGUGUGCGCCACGUACCCGUGCAGAGACGGGAACUACGCCCCCCACUAGUGGUGUAGAGUCGUAUUAGUCGUGAUGUAACCAUACCCAACCUUACCUAACCUUACCUAACCAUACCUAACCAUACCUACCCGCCGCUCAACUCAAAAUGUUUAUAUGCAAAGAAGAAGCUGAUUAACACUUUCUCUCUUGCUGUCUAACUUUCUAUCUCUGUAUCUAUCUCUAUCUAUCUGUAACCUUACCUUACCUAACCUAACCAGCCGUUCAACUCAAAAUGUUUAAUAUGCAAAGAAGAAGCUGAUUAACACUUUCUCUUUUGCUGUCUUUCUAUCUAUCUUUCUAUCUUUCUAUCUGUCUAUCUAUCUAUCUAUAUCUCUACCUGUUCCCUUCUUCCUCUGUUGAAACUGGUUUACUCUUUUCUUUCUAUAUCUAUCUAGUUCUAUCUAUCUAUAUAUCUAUUUGUAUUCUCCCUCUCUCUCUCUCUCACAACACUCAAGGCACAUUUUAUUUAUUAAUAUCCUAUGAAAAAAGGCUAUUACUACUACUACUACUACUACUACUACUACUACUACUACUACUACUACUACUACUACUACUACUACUACUACUAUUACUACUACUAUUACUACUACUGCUACGACUACAACUAUGGCAAGAGAUUCUCAGCUCCAUAUUUUUAGACGUAAGGCCGCGCACUGCUAAAUGAUGAUUGUCUUAAGUAAAUAAUAAUGAUAAUAAUAAUAAUGAUAAUAAUCAUAAUACACUUUUCAGCUCCUUUAAUCGUGAGUUCUGCAAGUUAAUAAUACUAAUAAUAUAAUAAUAAUAAUUCCAUCUUAGGAUUCCAUAAUUAUAAUCCUCUAUUUCACUAUACAUACAUAACAUAACAUAAAUAAAUAGCUUUUGUGUAUAUUAUCUAUCAGUGAAAAUUUUUAGGAUACGGAAAGUUUUUUAGAUUUACGAAACCCGAUUUUUUCCAACCAUGGUAUACAGUACUUUAAUUUUCCUGUUUUUCGUGGGGGGGCGUGUGAUCUUACCGCAUCUAUUAUCAAGGGGGGUUUGUCAGCAUUUUGAAAUACUACUACUAAUAAUAAUAGUAAUACCCAUAACUCUAAUACUCGUACCGUGUGAAAAAAAAGCUAAAAACACAUCAUGCAAUUAUUGUGUGUCACCCUGUAAAAAGAUUUAAUAAUAUUGUGGUCGCUUUUUUGGGUUUUCAUCUUUCCGUUUUCUAUUUCCGAGGCCGGCAGUUCCACGCUAGUCUCCCCUCCGCUGAGCCAUGUCCAAGAAAACGUACCGAGGGGGCAGCGCUGAGACGGGCAACGAAGCUAUUUGUGAACGCCUUGCACCUUCCGUUUUGACAUUGAGAGUGACGUUACUGUGAUCACUUGUCGCUUGAGUUUCCAUAUUUCUGUGUGUGCGUGUGCGCGUGUGUGUGUGCGUGCGUGCGUGUCGUGGUGUUCCUUUGUUUUCCUUGCUACCGAGGUGGAGGAGGAGGAGGAGAUUAUACAUUUGAGAUCGAAACACACCCUCACACUCGAGCGCUUUUCGUCAUCUCAAUCCAAGCCAAAACUAACGAAAGGAAAAACAUGAGAAAAACGAGGAAAAUGGAAUAUCAGAAAGGACGCAAACCCAAAUAUUUCCUUUAAACCAACAAACUUAUGCAUGUGUAGUAUGGUUAACGUUCUUUUAAGUCAAUAACCUCUUCGUUGUAAGCCUUUUCGUCCGCCAUUCGCAAAACCGGGGAAGUUUUACGAAUGCGGGCACGAGAGAGGGCAACCCACCCCAUCUAUACGCAAACACAUAUCCCGUUUUCUUUCACGUAUAAGAUCAGUUGAGUCACCCCUUUAGUUACCCGGGGACAAGGGACGCUGGGUACCUGGCAGGGCUUAGUACAUGUCUUCUGGGCGUGUUGUAACCUUACCUGUGUUGUUGAUUAGGAGGAGAAGGAGGAGGACAGGUGAGGCGUGCUAAGUCCUCCCAGGUUACGAGAUGAGGACACACACGCCACCGGGGGAAGAGGUCACGUGUGGGUCCUCCGAGGUCAGGUCGUGCGAGGUCAAGAUAGAAGAGCGGAUGAAUGUGAAGGAGGAAGUUCUGCAUGAUUUGUUUUUGUGAAGGGUUUAAGAGAGGGAAAAGGUUAGUGAAUAAUCGACUAAAAAAAACUGAAAAAAUAAUGUUAUCUUCGAAAUGUUAAAGAAAAUGAUUUAUAAUAGAGUGGAUUGAGUUAGUUGUUUUGUAAAAGGUAGAGAAAAGUAAAUAAAGUGGGGUUUAUUGUUUGUUUCAGAUUGUUGAAUUUAUAGAAUGGAAAAGGAAGUAGAAGAAAGGGAUUUAUACACAGUUUGUUUAAUAUUAUUGAGUAUAUAAAGGAAAGUUAAAGAGCAAGAAAAGGUAUUUAUAUAUUGUUUGUGUCUUGAGUUUAUGGAAAGAAAAGGAAAAUAGAAAAAAAUAACCUAUUAGUAGUUAAGAAUAUUAAGACCGAUAGAAGAGUAGAUGGAUGUGAUAUGAAAAUUGUUGAAGUUAAUGAAAGAGGAAAAGAAGGAAGAAUGUGAAAAAAAUUGUUUAGUGUGACUGAAAUUGUUGAUUAAGAUAAGAAUAGCAAAAAGAGAAUGAGUGUGGGAUAAAAAAAUGUUAGUGGUUAAGUAAGAUUACUGAGACUGAUCAAAAAAGGAAAAUAACAAAAUCAAACGAAUGAGAAAUAGUUGAGAAUUGUUACAAAAAAAUGUUAAAAUUAUUGUUAAGAUCCACGGAAGAGAGAGAGAUAAAGGUUAUAUAUUAUUAAUGCAAAAAUAUAUAGAGAUAGAUGUUGUUAAAGAUAAUAAAAAAAAACAAUCAUUGAUAUUAAAAGGUUUACGAGAGUGAGUGCGUCCGUUUGUUUGUUUGUUAGGUGUUGAGGUUAGGGUAGGUAAGCUCUUCUUGAUGGAAAAAUGACAUUGAAGUAAAAAAAAAAAAUGUAUAUUGAUAGAAGUGUUCCCGAGUCCCCAUCCAUUGUUCUAUUCUGCCCUAAAAACUAUUACUAUCAUGUGCUUACUAUUUACUAUUGUUAUUACUAUUAUUGUGUUGUAAUUUCGAGUCUCGUUGUGUUAUGGAAACGAAGAUUUGAAGAUCAUUUUUUAUUACUAUAUAUUUUUUGUGUGUGUGUUUCUGUAAGUGUUCCAUUGACUCGUGUAGAAUUGUGUUGUGUGUGAAUUCGUGGGUUUGAGAUUAAGAUAAAAGCAAAUAUUUAAUUGUGUGAACUCGACGAAAAAGAAAAGAAAAGGCCCUUCAUGAAUGCUGGAAAAGAAGAUGGAACAAAAAAGGGAUUUAUGCGUGAAACUGUUACUCAAAAAAAGAAGAAAAAGACUAGAUAAUAUAAACUAGGGAAGGAGAAUUAUUGAGUGGAAGGAGAACGAAGAAGGAGGAGGAGGAGGAGUGAAAAAUGAAGUGUAGUGAAUGAAUGAAUUACGAAAAAACAAACAAAAAAAGCUGAAACAUUAAAAAAACACAAACUCAGAACAAAUUAGCAUGAUAAUUAACAAACACCGAAAGAAAAUGAUUAGAAUGAAAGAAACCGAAGGAGGAGGAGGAGGAGGAGUGAAAAAGAUGUGAAAUGAAAGAAUGAAUGACCAAAAAAACAGCCAAAAAACAAUUGAAAGACACCAAAAAGUAUUAGAAAGAAAGAACACGAAGAAAGGAGGAGGAACAAAAAGUGCAGCGGGAAAAAAAAAAUAAUUACCAAAAAACAUACAAACAAACAAACAAAAAAUAAAUAAAAUAAUGAGAGAGCUGAAACACAUUAAUAAAAAAAAUCACAAAAAACAGAUUAGCAAGAUAGAAAAAACACACACACACGUACAGUCACUGAAAAGCCAAAAAACAAACGAAAAGCAAAUUAAGAAAAGACCAAAAACCACAGAAAACCGCUCGAGUGUGACGGGUAACUCCUCCAAAACCCACACCAGGGAAGGAAGACAAAGAAACAGGAAUGAAAAAAAAAAAAAAAAAGAAAUAUGUAUAGAGAAAAAAAAAAUAGAGUGUGGCGCUAUUUUUCUUCUGUCUCACGAUCGUCUUGGUGGUUCUUGCGUUCCGACAAAGCUUUUUUUUAACCUCUUCCUUCUCAUGUACAAACGAUGCACACGACACAUAAGUCACACCUGUAAUUACACAUCUGCACUCUAUACCUGGCCGCCCCGUGACUCACCCGUGACUCACCGUGACUUAGGUGGGACUGACUCUUAGCUCUGAGGUCAUGCGUGCAAGCCCAGUCAGUCAGUCAGUCAGUCAUGUUGUUUCUUACACUUCGCCUGACUCUAAACUGACUCAGGUUAUGUUUGUGAGUCAGUGAGUCAGUCAGUCACUUCGUUUCUUACACUCAGCGUGACUCAGACGUGACUGACUCAAGUUCUGUGGUCGUGUCAGUCAGUGAGUCAGUCAGUCAAAAAGUUUCAGGGUCAUUAGGCAAGGUAUACAUGAUUGUGAAACCCACCCACGUCGUUUCACACAGUCAGCUUCAGGGUAAGAGAAAGGUGUGAGAUUCUGAAACUUCCUCACGCUGUUUCAGGUAGCCAUGCACUCAGUCAGUUUCAGGCCGCGGGAAACUUAUGAGAAGCUGAAACUUUCCCACGGUGUUUCAGUCAUGCAGCCAGUCAGUCAGUUUCAGGGCAUGAGCAGGACACGAGAUUCUGAAACUUUCUCACGCUGUUUCAGUCAUGCAGUCACUCAGUUUCAGGGCAUGAGCAGGACACGAGAUUCUGAAACUUUCUCACGCUGUUUCAGUCAUGCAGUCAGUCACUCAGUUUCAGGGCAUGAGCAGGACACGAGAUUCUGAAACUUUCUCACGCUGUUUCAGUCAGUCACGCAGUCAGUCAGUUUGAGGAUACGGACAAGACAGCACAUUCUGAAACUUGUCCACGCCCAGUCAGUCAGUUAGUCAGUCAGUCAGGCACCCAAGUCAGUUUCAGGCAAGGUACGUGAUUCUGAAACUUUCCCACGCCGUUCCGCCAAGAGUUUCUUGGCGGCAGCGUGCUCGGUCGGUCAAUCGGUCGGUCAGUCGGUCGGUCGGUUGGUCGGGCCGCCACGCGUCUUGACACAACAGCCCUCUCACACACACCACCGCCGCUUCAUCAUCCGCCUUCUCCUAAAUAUUAACAAUCACUAAUACUAAUGUUAACGACGUAAUAUUAACGACACUACUCAUAAUGAUAAUAUUAAUACUAACAAUACUAAUAUUAAUACUAUUACUACUUAUAAUAAUAAUAAAAAAAAUUACCAUUGA